AUGUAUAAGCCUAUUCGCUGCACAAAUUUUGACAGUCACAUCUUAACCUCAGGUCGGCCAUCGUCAGUUCCCCACAGGCUCGCUCGGCGGCACAAGCAGCAGGGGCAGGCGGCCUACAGGGACAGCUGGCUCCUCAGGGACGGCCUCAACAAACCUGAAAGUACUGAGCAGAGACAAAAUGGCCUUAAAAUGGUGGACCAAGCAAUAUGGUCCAAAAAGAUGUCAAAUGGCGCAAGGCGUAUACCAGUGUCACCUGAUCAGGCCAGGUCAUACAACAGACAGAUGCGGCCAGCUAUUUUAGAUCACAGCUCUGGGGCCAAGUGGACAAACACAUCAAAUCAUCCUGAAUUUUUGGUAGGAGAAGAGGCACUGUACGUUAAUCCACUAGAUUCUUAUAACAUACAUUGGCCUAUUAGAAGAGGGCAGUUGAAUCUCCACACAGGACCUGGUGGCUCCCUCACUGCCAUAUUAGCAGACCUUGAAGUUAUAUGGUCACAUGCAAUACAAAAAUAUCUGGAAAUACCACUGAAAGACCUAAAGUACUACAGAUGCAUUUUACUAAUUCCAGACAUCUAUAAUAAACAACAUGUGAAAGAACUGGUAAAUAUGAUCUUAAUGAAGAUGGGCUUCUCAGGAAUUGUUGUACAUCAGGAGUCUGUCUGUGCUACCUUUGGAAGUGGUUUAAGCAGCGCGUGUAUAGUAGAUGUGGGAGAUCAGAAGACAAGUGUUUGCUGUGUAGAAGAUGGUGUUUCCCAUCGCAACACCAGGCUGUGCCUUGCAUAUGGAGGAUCUGAUGUGUCACGGUGUUUUUAUUGGCUUAUGCAACGAGCCGGAUUCCCAUAUAGAGACUGUCAGUUAACUAAUAAGUUGGAUUGCCUGCUCCUUCAGCACCUAAAGGAGACAUUUUGUCAUCUAGACCAGGAUAUUUCUGGAUUGCAAGAUCAUGAGUUCCAAAUUCGGCAUCCGGAUUCUCCAGCUUUAUUAUACCAGUUCCGAUUAGGGGAUGAAAAAUUACAGGCUCCAAUGGCUCUGUUUUAUCCAGCAACUUUUGGAAUCGUUGGACAAAAAAUGACAACUUUGCAACACAGGUCACAAGGUGACCCUGAGGAUCCUCAUGAUGAGCAUUACCUGCUAGCCACACAAAGUAAGCAGGAGCAGUCUGCAAAAGCUACAGCUGAUAGAAAAUCUAUGUCGAAACCUGGUGCGUUUGAGGGAGACCUGAGAGGCCAAGCCUCAGACAUUUCAGAGAGGAUCUACCCACAAGAAGUAGAACUGGGAUCUUCCCAGAGUGAUUGUAUGAUAUCUGGAAAUGAUUCAGAGGAACCUUUAACUGCACACAUGUCCAGGAAAACAGCUAUUUCUCAGUUUGAAGGCAAAGCCUUGGGCCUUGACAAAGCCAUUCUUCAUAGUAUUGACUGCUGCGCAUCUGAUGAUACAAAAAAGAAGAUGUACAGCUCCAUCUUAGUAGUGGGAGGUGGCCUUAUGUUCCAUAAAGCUCAAGAGUUUCUUCAACACCGAAUUCUCAACAAAAUGCCACCUUCUUUUAGAAGAGUCGUUGAAAACGUUGAAGUUAUCACAAGACCUAAGGAUAUGGAUCCCCGCUUAAUUGCAUGGAAAGGAGGUGCAGUUUUAGCCUGUCUUGAUACAACUCAGGAGCUAUGGAUAUAUCAGCGAGAAUGGCAGCGUUUUGGUGUCAGAAUGUUACGAGAGCGAGCUGCAUUUGUAUGGUAAUGGAUAUGUUUACUGUGGAACGUGAUUAAUUGAGGAUUCCUUCCCCCAAAUACGCCCUUCUCCCAGUGCAGAUGUAUUGAUCUUCUGCUGAU